GGUUUUUGUCCAUUCCUGGCCACACUGCAGAUUGACUUUGUUUUUGUUUUAACAUGGCAAAGUUCUUGGGCAUCAACCGGCUGAGCAAGCUGUUCCAGAUCGUCCGCGAAGCCGGGGGACUGAAGCAAGCGUACCUGAAGCUAUAUAGGAACGAUGAUCUGAAGAUCGGAACACUGGUGGGCAUCGACAAGUACGGCAACAAGUACUUCGAGAACCCGUACUACUUCUACGGCCGCAACCGCUGGAUCGAGUUCGCCCCCCAUGUCAACAUGGACUACGAUGGCUCCAUGAUUCCCGCUGAGUGGUACGGCUGGAUGCACUACAAGACCGAUCUGCCUCCCAUUCGCGAUGGAUGCCGACCCAAGCACAAGUGGAUCGCGGACCACAGCGAGAAUCUUUCCGGCACCAAGGAGGCCUACUACCCCUACACCACAACACCCAACAAAGUGGAGGCCUGGGAUCCCAAGGCGAAGAAACCGUAGUGUGGUGGUAGCUUAUAAUUAAUUUUAAAUUCAAGUGCAAAUGGCUGCGAUUGAAGAGAACACCGGAUCGAGUUAAUAAAUCCAAUUUUGUUGACUUUGCA